GGCGGUGCAAGACAGUCCACAGUCAUCAGGACCUCACUCGAACUCGGCCGCUCCAUUGAUGGCUCCGCCGCUCCCACCCCUCCUCCUCGCCCUCCUCGCGGCAGCGGCAGCGGCCGUCUCGCUGGCGGCAGCGGCGGCGGUGUUCCCCAAGGAGGCGCUGCCCACCAGCUCGGGCUACCUCUCCGUCGACCCGUCCGCCAACGCCUCCCUCUUCUACGCCUUCUACGAGGCCAGCGCCCCGCUCUCCGCGCCGCCCGACACGCCGCUGCUCCUCUGGCUGCAGGGCGGCCCGGGCUGCUCGGGCCUCGUCGGCGACCUCUUCGAGCUCGGCCCCUACCUCGCCGACGCGCCCGACGGCAGCUCGCUCUCCCGCAACCCCUUCGCCUGGAACCGCCGCUUCGGGCUGCUCUUCCUCGACAGCCCGCUCGGCACCGGCUUCAGCGCCGCGCCGUCGCCCGCCCUCAUCCCCAGGGACCAGCCCGCCGUCGCCGCGCACAUCCUCGCCGCGCUCCAGUCGUUUUUCGACGCCAACCCGCCCGCGUUCCGCAAGCGGCCCUUCUUCCUCUCGGGCGAGAGCUACGCCGGCAAGUACGUCCCGGCCGCCGGGGCGCACAUAUUCGCCGCGAACCCGACGCUGCCGGCGUGGCGGAGGAUCAACCUCCGCGGCGUGGCCAUCGGGAACGGGCUCACGCACCCGGUCGCGCAGGUGGCCACGCACGCCGACUCGGCCUACUUCACGGGCCUCGUCAACGCGCGGCAGCGGCGGGAGAUGGAGGCGAUGCAGGCGGAGGCGGUGGCCCUCACGGAGGCCGCGCGGUGGCGGGAGGCGGCUGACGCGCGGGCCCGCGUGCUUGACUGGCUGCAGAAUGCCACGGGCCUCGCCACGCUCUACGACUUCGCCAAGCAGCGGCCGUACGCGUCGGCUGGCGUCGAGAAGUUCCUCAACAGGGCGGAGGUCAAGGCAGCGCUGGGCGCGCUCCCGGACGUGACGUGGGAGGGGUGCAGCGACGCGGUGGGAGAGGCCAUGUACGAGGACGUGAUGAAGAGCGUGCUGCCGGAGGUGGAUGCGCUUCUCCGGCAGACGCGCGUGCUGCUGUACCAGGGCAUCCGCGACCUCCGGGACGGCGUCGUGUCGCAGGAGGCGUGGAUCAAGGAGCUAAAGUGGGGCGGCCUGCGCGCGUUCCAGGACGCCGAGCGCGCCGUGUGGCGGACCGGCGAAGGGGAGGAGCAGGAGCUCGCUGGGUACGUGCAGCGGUCGGGGGUGCUGACGCACGUGGUGGUGUACGGCGCCGGGCACCUCGUGCCGGCGGACAACGGGCGCGCGACGCAGGAGAUGAUUGAGGGAUGGGUCAUGCAGACGGGCGUCUUUGGAAGCGGCAUGAGGUAGCGCGGCCUGUUGCCAGCCGGCGACCUGAUUCUUGCGGCUUGACGAAGCUGGCCUUUUGUCUUGACGAAAAUUGUUGCAGUAAUAGUCAUAGAUUAAAAUAGCCCGCGAAAUAGCCGCGAUAGCUGCGCUAUAGCUGCCUGGGAGCCUCGCCGCUAAGCUAUGGCUGUUGCCGCGAAAACCUCAACAUAUCCCUUUAAAUGGCUAAAAAAUCGGCAAAACCCUCCAGAAAUCAUCUCUCCCACCAGAAAAUUUUCCGCCAUUUGCCGCUAUUGCCCGCUAUGGCGGCCGCUAU